AUGGCUAACGUGCUGGCCAUUGGGGGCCCGAAGUCAUAUAUGGACUCUCCAAAGCAACUGUCUCUGUCUCCCAACCAUAUUUCUGCUUCUCCCUACUUUAAUCAGAGCCCUGAAAGCCCCGAGAAGCAGCUCACCGAUUCACCAAGUAAUUGGUAUACCUUCUUUGACUCUACUGCAGCAAGUCCUUAUCAUAACUUCUUGCAUUCUUCGCCGUUUCAAGCACUACAACAACAGCAAAAAUCUUGUGGAAACAUACUGAGCCAACAUUAUUUGACAACGCAGGCCAUGGCCUCAAAAGAAAAUCUUAAUGGGAUGCCACGUGGGCUAGAGAUCCAACGUUUGACUGCCUAUCCUCAAAGCAUGUCUCCUUUCAUGGCACUACCUGACUUCAAAGCUGCCCUCUCCAGUAAUGGAAGCACAUAUUGCGAGUCAGAUGUUGAUUCUCUCGGACCAUUUGACGAGUCAUUCACCGCUCAUCAUACGGACACACACUGCGGUCUUGUUCACCCAAUUCCCAAGAGCAGUGUCUCUAUUGCGGCGAAUAAUAUCUACUUUCUAUCAAGCAGCAAGGACCCGCCCUCACUGUCAUCCUUCUUCCAAGAUAGCUCUCCAGAAGAGCCACACCUUUCCAGCGCACCCUUCCAAUCAUCCAAUCAAGCCCAGUUUCACAUUGGCGCACCCUUAAGCCGCACACCCAGCACACACUCUCCGGAUGCCAAGCCCUGUACUUAUGAUGAUGCCUCAGCAUGGGCUGCUUGGGAGACCAGCACUACAACCUAUGGCUGUUUUGCACGCCGCGAUAUAGAUGAUACCACAUACGACAGUAGCUGGCAUGACCCAGCACCUCAAAAUGUGCCCUGGAUUCAUGAUCGUUCGAUUUCACUCAAAAGAAUCAACGGAAUCGGCAGUGGACUUCCCAUCGUACCUUCAAGUCAUCCGUCUAAUGCUUUGACUACCUCUUCGCCUUUGGUCUACCAGUCUUGUUCAUCCACAUCUGUACCACAGACUAGCCCGGUCAAAGCACAUCCGAAACACUACCUCCCAACGAAGCCAACAUACAUUGCCAGUCCUCACCAAGUUUGUUCCGACCCGGACGACAGCUCACCAUUCCAGAAACCACUGGGUAGCUUCAGCCCUUCAUCCUUCACCCACUCUACCAUAGAAGAGGGGCCACCCCACCGGCAAACUGGGGAAGUACAGACUAGGAUCGAAGCCAAGAUCCACUACAGCGAUGAACGGAAUGCUUUUUUAAUCGACUGCAAGCGACGGGGCCUCUCAUACAAAGACAUCAAGCGAAUUGGUGGGUUCAAAGAGGCAGAGUCUACCCUCCGAGGGCGAUACCGCACCCUCACCAAAUCCAAAGACCAGCGGGUGCGAAAGCCCAGAUGGCAGGACAAAGACGUCAAACUCCUUUGUGAGGCUGUCAGCAUCAACGCGGAGACAUCUGACAUCUACAGUUCUCUGACCACGACGGGCAUAACUAUGAAUGAGCCACCGAAGGUUUCAUGGAAAAAUGUCGCCGAGCAUAUCUGGAACCAUGGGGGAUCUUAUCACUUUGGGAAUGCUACAUGCAAGAAGAAGUGGUGCGAGAUCCACAACAUCAGCAUUUGA